AUGCCUUCUGGAGAUCUCCUGGUCCCCCAGGUGGAGGUGGUGGAUUCAGGUGUACAGUCUGUCCAGCUGCCCUGCAAAGCCACAGUUAAUCUGCCUGAAGAUGCUAAAGUGGAGUGGACGGACAGUUCACACAGGAAGGUUCACAUAUGGCAGAACAGACCUGGCAACCUUGAAGAACAGUUUGUGUUUUACAAAGAUCGAACACAGAUGAAAAACAACCUGCUGACAACUGGAGACCUCAGUCUGACCCUGACAUACCCCACUGACUGGGAUGGAAAGACCUACACCUGCACAGUCUUCAACAGACAGGGAAACACCCUGAUGAAGAAACAGGUGGAGCUUAAAGUUAGAGUCUGUCAGGUGGAGGUGGAGGAGGGGGUGGAGUCUGUCCAGCUGCCCUUUCAAACCACAAAAGAUCUGCCUGCAGAUGCUAAAGUGGUGUGGUGGGACAUUCAUGACAGGAAGGUCCACGUGUUUUCAGACCAGGCUGGAGAACAGGACCAGGUUUACAGAGACCGAACAGAGAUGAAUAACAACCCGCUGAAAGCUGGAGACCUCAGUCUGACCCUGAAACGUCCCACAGAGAGAGACAGUGGGACAUACAGAUGUAAAGUCUACGGGAGAACCAGCAGAUACAAAAAAGUGCAGCUCAGAGUCAAAGGCAGAGUUCAGGUCCAGGAUCAAACAGGGGACAUCAGGAACAGAAGCAGCUCCACUGAUCCGACUCCUCUGAUGGCUGAUCAAUCAGUUUGAUCUGUGUGUUCUUUGAUUAUUGAUCAGUGAUGUCAGAGUGGAGUCAGUGUGAUGUUGUUGUUGUGUGUUUGAGACUUUUAGUGUCCAUGAAGGUCUCUGCUGCCGUAGAUCCUCUGAACUGUGACAGAGGUCUCACUCUGGAGGAAACUCUCAGCACUUUCCAGCAGCUCCUCCAUCAUGGAGGACGUUCCCUCACUGUAACAGGUGAAGAGGAGCGUUUUCAGGCUAUGUCCACAUGUGCGUGGGUAUUUUUUGGACUUUCAUCCACAUGAUUAGCGAUCCACAUGGAUCCCUGACAACAAAGGGUUUUUAUUUAUUUAUUUUUUUUACAACUGCUAAGUGAAGAUUCUCAGAUUCAGAAGAUUUUCUGUAUUUACAUGAGGACAAAGAAACAGAUUUUGUCUUGCACCUUCAGGGGUGUGUGUGUCUUUAUCUAUUUGUUAGAUGUCAGUCUGCAUCCUGUUAUUGUUUGUGGGCUUUUGAUUGGCCAACACUUCCUCACAGUUAUGGUUAUGUUGCUGCCUGGUGCUUCUGCAUGCUCUUGGCAGCAGUUGAGUUUAUUUAUUAUUGAGAUUUUAAAAAAAUACUUUGAAAAUGUGUUUGAAAAGAUAUCUUGUAUCAUGUAAUAUAUUAAUUUUACUACAUGAAAGAAAAACACAAGCGUGCCUUCACUUCAGUUAUAAACCCAAUCAUAGUGUCAAAGUAUUAAAGUUGUUUGUCUCAAACUGACCUGUGACCAGCUUCACUCAGUUUGAGCUGUUCACUGUUUCUCUUUGCUUAUUGGUUGGAUAGGCACAGGGACUACAGAUGAGGCCAAAUCUGAUAUUUUUACAUUUUAUAUUU